AUGGCGUUUAUCAAGUUUGGCUACAUGCUCGUAGUCGUCACUUUGCUGUUGAUGAUAUGGGCUUCUUUGGCGAGAGCAUUAGAACUCCAUGUGGACACUGGUCAUCCACCAUGUCUGUUCCAAGCGCUGUGCACUUGCUCAAAACCAGCCGGAGAUCUGGGUAUAGUUACAUGUAAGCACGUGCCUUUGCUGAGAGUGCCAGCCGCCGUCAAUAGCUCUAAGGUAUUCACGCUACAACUAAAGGGGAACAAGAUUAGAGAUCUGGAGCCUCAGUUCUUUCAAACAACAGGUCUCUACAGGCUGGCUAUAAACGAGAACCCCUUAGAGAGUAUACACGAGGAAGCGUUCUAUGGCCUCGACAACACGUUAUGGGAGCUCGAACUGAAGCACGAUAAAUUGACGGCUGUACCGAGCAGAGCGCUUAGAUAUCUACAGAAAUUAAGGUUGCUGGAUCUGACGGGCAACGAGAUAACAGAUAUAUCAGGUGACAAUUGGAGAGGCUUGGAGAAUACUUUGCACACUUUGAUCCUCGCCGACAACUCCAUCACCACUUUGCCUUUGGAUGCGUUCUCUGGGUUACCUAUGCUGGAAAUCUUGGAUCUGCGUGGAAACCAUUUACCUGUUAUUGACAGCGGUGUGUUCCGAGAUGGGAUGAAUAGACUGAAUAAGCUGAUUCUAAGUGAUAAUCAACUGUCGUAUAUUCCUUACGAAGAGCUGGCUCCACUCCGGCAGCUACGAUAUCUGGACCUGUCCAACAAUAUGAUAAAGCAGGUGCCGCCGAAUCAUGAUUUGGAUGGAGUCACAUUGUCUUUGGACACUUUGAAAUUAGAUAACAACUUAAUUGGCACGUUAAUGCCGGGCGCCUUUAAAUCAUUCAAUAUUUUGAAUUCUACAUCAUUAGAUGGAAAUCCUAUUUUCUCUUUAAGAGAAGAUGCCUUCAGAAAUGCUAAAAUCAAGACUCUUUCGCUUCGGGACUGUAGCAUUUCGGACUUAUCUCCUGCUUCUUUUGCUGGGCUUGAGAGCAGUCUGCAAAGCUUGGACCUAUCUGAAAAUAACCUAACAAUACUUUCAAGGUUUAUGUUGAAUAAGUUAGACUCACUGAGGUCACUUAAUCUGCGCGAGAAUAAGGUGGACACUAAUAUGCUCACUACAAACGACCCAUCCGAGUACAAUCCAGCAUCAUUCAACCAUUUCCAAUAUAAAUUGUUCUUCUUGGACAUAAGCGGUUCAUCCUCGUUAGAGACCAGUUUGCAGGAUAUAAGAAAAAUGAGAUCACUGCGAUAUCUUGCUGUAAGUAAAUUAAUAAGAAGAAGUAUUAGUGCGGAAGACUUCCUUGAAUUUGGUGUAGAGCUUGAAGAUCUAAAGAUAUUUGGGAGCACGAUAAACAAGAUAGAGGCGAGUGCGUUCCAGUACGUUAGAACGAUCAAAACCUUGGAUUUAUCCGAGAACAAUAUCGAUUAUAUCGAUCCCUUCGCGUUUGCUGAGUUACAUAGCCUAACGACCCUCAAGAUGGCAAAUGGCUUAGCUGACACGGUUAGAAUUCUGCCGUUUGAACCCCUAAAAGCCCUAAUUGACUUACAAUAUCUCGAUUUAAGCAACAACAAGAUAAAAAACGUCCCAGACACAUCGUUCCAUUUCUUGUACAAGUUGAAAACACUGAAUCUGCAAGAUAAUGACAUUGACCACUUCUCCAAAGGAACUUUGCAAGGCGACAUCCAUAGAUAUUUAGAGAGCGUGUGCUUAUCCCUUAAUCAAAUGACGCAAAUAGCCCAACAUACCUUUGUGGACUUGAGAGAACUUCAAGAAGUAUUGAUUGAAGAUAAUCAAAUCGAGAGUAUUCAAAGGCGAUCUUUCACUAGUUUAGAUAAUUUAAAAGUUAUCAAACUCAGGGGAAACAGAAUCAUCGAUAUAUCCGAGGAAGCUUUCCAGAAUUUGCCGGCUCUUAAAGAGUUGGAUAUAUCGUUUAAUCAUCUAGAUACUUUCAAGUUUUCUAUUUUCGAUCAAGUAGGGUCAGCAACUGCGUUAAAAGUUAAUGCUUCCUAUAACCGAAUAACUUCACUAACCGAUUCAAAUGCUCCAACUUUCUUUUCCUCAAACUUCUAUCCACCUCCGAAACCACAAAGCAUCGGAACAGUUUCAGUCAAUAUUCGAGUUUUAGAUUUCUCUCAUAAUAAUAUAACGUACAUCGCACCGUAUUAUUUCAGGCAUGCCGAUCUGACGCUAUCUGAGUUGUAUUUAUCACACAACUUACUCCGAAAUAUCACAAGAGAAGUAUUUGGAUCAAUGCUGAUGCUUCAAUAUCUGGAUUUGUCACACAAUCAAAUAUUUCAUAUGGAGUACGAUUGUUUUAAGAAAGUCAAGAAUUUACAGAUCAUCGAUCUCUCACAUAACCAGCUCAUUGAAAUGCCUUUAGAAGUUUUCCACGAGAUGCUAGGUCUGACCUCCGUUGACCUGUCCGACAACCGCAUUAAAAAUUUAGCAGACAAUCUUAUUCUUUCUCCGUCAAUCGAAAGAUUGGAUCUGUCAAACAAUGAUUUAUCAAGAGUGCCAACAAAUUGUUUAUCUCACGCCGCUGCCGCCAAUCUGGUCGAGUUGAACUUGAGAGGAAAUAGCAUACCCACAGUCUCGAUCAGCGACUUGGUUCAGAGAUUCAGGAACCCUGACCAGGACUACUGGCCCGAGGAUCACGAUGACUACAACGACGAAUACAUGUACCACACAGCUAGAAGGGAUCACACGCGAGUGUUUCACCAAAAAAAGCAAUUCCCGCAGAAUAUUUUGUACAAGUCCCUUGCGUGGUUGGAUUUAUCCGACAACCAUCUGGUGCGUGUUGAAGGUGGUUCAUUUGGAGCACUACCAAAAUUACGAUGGUUGGACUUGAGUAACAAUUCCCCAUUCAAUCCAAGUGAACGUGUAAACAGUAUGUUUAAGGGUCUAGAAAGGAGAUUAUCACAUUUAGGCCUGAGGAAUGUGAGCUUGGUGUCCAUUCCGUCUAUGUCAUUAUCAAAGCUGAAGAGCCUAGAUCUAUCAUACAACAAUUUACCGUCAAUAUCACCAGAAACUACAGCGAAUUUGACUAGGCUUAGAGCUCUCGACUUAUCUUAUAAUGAUUUUACAAAAGUCCCUGAAGCAACACAUUCAUUAACCAAUCUACGCUGGCUCUCCUUAUCAGGAAACCCAAUAACCGCUCUAAGAAACACAAGCCUUUAUGGAGUAUCGCCCCGUCUAGAAUAUCUUGAUGUAACACGUCUUAGACUGAACAUUUUAGAGCAUGGUGUGUUCAGCAAGAUGUUUGGAUUACGCACAUUAAAGAUUAAUGCUUACUCCAGCGUAAGAGAUUUCAAUAUACCACGCCUGUUAACGUACAACGCCGCGUUAGAAAAUCUUCUGAUCCAAGUGGACGACACUCAAAUAGAUCUCGGUAAAGAGAUGUUUGGGGAAUUACCUUGCAAGCUGAAUAAUAUUACAUUAACUGGAAGAUCUUUGAAGUUUUUAUCUCAAUAUUUACUGAGUGGAGUGCAUUCAAAGGUCUUUCGACUUACAAUCCAAAACACAAGCAUUGAAGACAUCGCUAGUGAAGUGUUUUGGCAACCAGGUCGUAUUAAAAACUUGACCCUGGAUCUCAGAUAUAAUGAAUUAGCCCGAGUGCCUAACCCAGCGCAUAAGGAAUGGCCAGAUGUACCUAAUAACUUAUUCCUACACGAUAUACUUGUAGCCGGAAACCCCUUAGCAUGUGAUUGUGGGACAGGAUGGAUCGAAGCAUGGGAUCGUAAAAGAAGACAAUAUCUUUGUGACAGUCCAUCGAAAUGUGUCGCUACACGUGACGACGUUAGGUUCGCCAUCUGUCCCUUGUACAGUAAUCGGACAUUAAUUGACGUACUCACGAAAAAAUUAGAUUGCUAUUGGGGUCGAGGAUUUUUAACAGCACCUAAUUUAUAUGUCAUUUUAGGCAUUUCCUUUUUAACAUAUCUCUACAUUUGA